GCAAAAACGAACUCCCAACAAAUCAUUCCAUCAUCCAUCACACAUCCCUUGUUUCUUGAUUUCCACUCCCCCGAACAUUAACCAAACUCAGACAACCCCGUUUCAACCACUUCUCCCUCGUUGCUCCUCUCCUCUCUCCACCAUUGUUUUAAGAGAGAUAGAUAGAGAGAGAUCGUAUGUAAGGAUGAGGCUUUUCCAUGGAGCAAGAAGCAGCAGGAACCAAGAAAAAGGCUUCUGCUACAGAUAUUUCAAAUGGAUUAUUUGGUUUUCCAUUUCUUUCUACUUCUUCUCCUCUUUCCUAAUCACUCGCCACAAGCCCACUUCCUCCAUUUCAAGAAACACCGUCUCCCAAAACAAAGCUUCCCGCGCCCUCAUCGAAGAACCAUUCAACAAAAAUACACACGGUAAAUGGCCACUCAAUGGAAUGAAAGUCUACGUCUACGAAUUGCCACCGAAAUUCAACUCCGACUGGCUAGCAAACGAGCGGUGCAGCAGCCAUCUAUUCGCGACGGAGGUGGCCAUCCACCGAGCCUUGUUGAGCAGUGAUAUUCGCACGUUCGAGCCAUGGGAGGCCGACUUUUUCUUCGUCCCCGUUUACGUCUCCUGCAACUUCAGCACCGUCAAUGGCUUCCCCGCCAUCGGCCACGCCCGCUCCCUCAUCUCCGCCGCCAUUGAUCUUGUUUCUUUUCAGCUUCCCUUUUGGAACCGCAGCCGCGGCGCCGACCAUGUUUUCGUUGCGUCUCAUGAUUUCGGCUCUUGCUUUCACACACUGGAGGAUGUUGCGAUUGCAGAUGGAGUGCCGAAAUUCUUGAAAAAUUCUAUCGUUUUGCAGACUUUUGGGGUGAAAUACGAGCAUCCAUGUCAGGAUGUGGAGCAUGUAGUGAUUCCGCCAUACAUAUCGCCGGAAAGUGUACGGUCAACGCUUGAGGUGUCUCCAUUGACCAGUCGCCGCACCAUCUUCGCGUUUUUCAGGGGUAAAAUGGAACUUAACCCCAAGAAUGUCAGCGGCCGUUUCUACAGCAAGAAAGUUCGGACUGAGAUAUGGCGGAGAUACGGCGGCGACCGGCGGUUCUACCUACGGAGGCAGCGUUUCGCCGGUUACCAGUCGGAGAUCGUGCGGUCAAAGUUUUGCCUGUGCCCGUUGGGGUGGGCCCCAUGGAGCCCUAGGCUGGUGGAGUCGGUGGCGCUGGGGUGCGUUCCGGUUAUCAUCGCCGACGGCAUCCAGCUGCCCUUCCCCGCCGCCGUGCCGUGGACGGAUAUAUCUCUCACCGUGGCGGAAGGUGACGUGGACACGCUAGGGGAGGUCCUCGAGCACGUUGCGGCGACUAACCUGACUGCGAUUCAGAGGAACCUCUGGGUAGGGAUGUCAAUUUAGCCCGCAACCCGUGGGCUGACCCGAAUAGCCCGCCAAAUUUAUAGGGUUAGGGCUGAAAAUUUCCAGCCCGAUAAAAUUACAGCCCGAUUAGCCCGCACCCGAUUA